CUCCAAAACCUUGCGCAAAGAGGGUAUACUUUGUUCCACUACUUGAAGAAUCAACGUAUCGAUGCAUGUCACGGGGAUUACAUUUAUAACACAGAAAUGACUUGGAGGGGGAGUGUCACAUCUGGACUACAAUUGUACAACAACGGGUUUUGACAGCUGAGCUCUGUUGGAAAUGCCACUGCGCCCUCUCUGAUGUGAGGAUGAGGACCUACACCCGAGGGGCCCCCACAGUGUUCUUCAUAAGUCUACUGUGGCCCCUGGUGGCCCCGGUGGUGGGGGUGGCGGAGGAGACGAUAGACGCCAGUGGAGGGAUACCCUUCAUGGGAGGGAACUACGAUGGACACCCCAUGCUGUACUUCGGCCAGGGCGAGGUGGAGGAGCUGCAGUCGGCGGCGGCUGGGACACACCGGGAGAUGGCCGCGAGGAUCCGCGAGGCGGGGGAGGCCAUGCUGGAGCACCCUGAGGAUUACCUGCCCCCCUGGAGCCCGGCCGAGUUCAGCGCCCGCUGGAACGAGGUGUAUGGAAACAACCUGGGAGUGCUGUCUAUGUUCUGUCUGCUCUACCCACACAGGGCCGGGGCCCUCGACCUGGCCAAGGAUUACAUGGAGAGGAUGGCAGCUCAGCCUAGUUGGUUGGUAAAGGAUGCUCCCUGGGAUGAGGUUCCUCUAGCCCACUCUCUGGUUGGCUUCGCCACAGCGUAUGAUUUCCUGUAUGAGUACCUGAGCAAGGUGCAGCAGGAGCGCUUCCUGCAGGUGAUCGGCAACGCUACACGCUACAUGUAUGAGAAGUCCUACAUCCGCGGCUGGGGCUUCCAGUACCUGCACAACCACCAGCCCACCAACUGUGUGGCUCUCCUCACCGGCAGCCUGGUUUACAUGACCCAGGGUUACCUGCAGGAGGCAUACCUGUGGACCAAGCAGGUCCUGGCCAUCAUGGAGAAGUCUAUGGUGCUGCUGCAGGACGUGACGGAUGGCUCGCUGUAUGAGGGCGUGGCCUACGGGACGUACACCACCCGCUCUCUUUUCCAGUACAUGUUCCUGGUGCAGAGACACUUCUCCAUCAGCCACUUCGACCACCCCUGGCUCCACAAACACUUUGCCUUCAUGUACAGGACCAUCCUGCCAGGGUUCCAGAGGACUGUAGCCAUAGCAGAUUCCAACUACAACUGGUUCUACGGGCCCGAGAGCCAGCUGGUGUUCCUGGAUCGCUAUGUGAUGAGGAACGGCAGUGGAAACUGGCUGGCCGAGAUGAUCCAUCAGAACCGGGUGUUGGAGGGGCCGGGACAGGCCGGGAAGGGACAGAGAUGGUGCACACUGCACACAGAGUUCCUCUGGUAUGAUCCCGGCCUGACUCCCAGGGCUCCUGCAGACUUUGGUACAUCCCAACUCCACUACUUUGAGGACUGGGGGGUCGUCACUUAUGGAAGUUCUCUACCCGCAGACACCAACCACACCUUCCUCUCCUUUAAGUCGGGGAAGCUGGGUGGACGGGCCAUAUUUGACAUCGUUCACAGGAACAAGUACAAAGACUGGAUCAAAGGGUGGCGGAACUUUAACGCUGGCCACGAGCACCCUGACCAGAACAGCUUUACGUUCGCCCCUAACGGUGUUCCUUUUAUCACGGAGGCUCUGUACGGGCCCAAGUACACCUUCCUCAACAACGCAGUGCUGUUCUCCCCGGCGACCUCGGGAAGCUGCUUCAAGCCAUGGGACGGCCAGGUCACAGAGGCCUGCGACUCCAAGUGGCUGAAGUACAAGGUGGGGCUGCCGGCGGACGCCCAGGGCAGGGUGGAGGCUGCUCUGGAAAGGCAGGGCAUGGUGUUCAUCCGUGGGGAGGGCCAGUCGGCCUACAACCCUGACCUGAAGAUCAGGAGCUUCCAGAGGAACCUGCUGCUCCUGCACCCCCAGCUGCUGGUCCUGGUUGAUCAUAUCCAUCUGGAGACAGACAGCCCAACCAGGGCCAUGAGUGCCUUCUUCCACAACACGGACCUGCCCUUUAAGGACACCAAAAUAGACGGUGUGCACGGAGCCUUUGUCAGACAUGGGGAAGACCCAUAUCAAAUGUUUUGGAUGGAUGACACAGGCUUCAGUGAGAAAGGGGUCUUGGGGUACUGGAACUAUCCCCGUGGUUACCCCUAUAACGGCUCUAACUAUGUGAAUGUGACAAUGCCUCUGAGGUAUCCCCAUACCAGGGUGGCCUACAUCUUCUUCGGGCCAGGGGUGGACGUGCAGAGCUUUAGUCUGCGUGGCGAUGCUAACAGGGUGGACAUUUACCUGGCCACCAACGAGCACACCUACACCAUCUACCUGCUGACCGGGGAGGUGACCACCAAGCCUCUGUUCGCCAUGGUGCUGGUGGACCAGAAGAAAAUAGUAUUUGAGAAAGCAGCAGGAGUGAAGAAUAGCACGCCGGAGGAGGUAGAGGAGUAUGUCAACGUAGUAGAGGACAACCUCCAGCACGCCAAGCCUGUUUUCCAGCAGCUGGAGAGACACAUCCUGGGCCGGGUGCUCAACACGGCCAGCUUCCGCAAGACGGCCGAGCGCCUCCUCCAGUUCUCCGACAAGAAGAAGACGGAGGCCAUUGAGAAAAUGUUUGCUCUGACUAAGAAACAGGGCAAGGGCAAGGGGGCCAAUAAAGCCUUGGGGAACCUUGGGGACAAGCUCUCAGAGAGCCUGCCGGACAUCUUUGGACAGAUCGAGGUAAAGGAGAAGAAGGAGAGAUCGAAGACAACAAAGAGGAUUAUUGAAGAGAGCCCCGAGGAAGACGGCGACUCCAGGGCCUUUAUGGAUUAUGGAGACUCCAAAAAAGCCCGGAAGGGAGGCUUCGUGAAGGGUCGCAAGUUCAAGGAGGUCCACGAGUUGGCGACGGCCAACAGUGACAGUCUGUCGAACUCGUCCUCUUAUAUCAGACUAUUCCUCAUCUUAAACAUAGCCACCUUCUUCCUGCUACUGUCUGUGUUAUUGACACGCUUCCAGAGAGGCAGAAGUCUGCACACCCAGAGGUGUUUCUAUGGCAUCCUGCUCAUCGACAGCUUCAUCUUACUCUGCCUCUACUCCUCCUGCUCUCACGCACAGUGUUGACAUGAUCACUGUGCGGCGAGGGGAAUAGUCCAUGUGCAGACCGAUUGAACCGUUUGCCAUGGGUGAAUCAAAUGCACCAUACGCCUCAGUCUGAGCCAAGUCUACCUGAUGAGUGUCCAGGAAAGAAUUAAUUCCAAAUAGGAAUUGAUAGAUUUAGUAACGAAAUGAAGCCAGACCACCUUUGAGAUCCUAAGCUUCUGUGGAGCUUUAGAAUGGAGUCUGUGUGAACUUUUUAAUGUAGCAUUUAGAGUGGAACAUGUUGCUUUAUAUCAAAGAUUGCUAGCCACUAAAAUGCAGAUAUAUCUGCCUCUCUCUGUGGACAUGAUAGAAAGAAUGUACAUAUGUUCAAACAAGAUAUAUUUUUGUGCUAUUAUUUCUACUCUUUGUCAUGAGAUAAGAACAAUAUGCAUAGAUAUUGUAUUUGCUUUUGCCUGAUGAAUGUGGGGACUUUGCAGAUUAAAAAAAGCUAUAGAAAUAUGUUACCUCAGUCGGUGGUCCUCUCUGUGUCCAUAACUGCAGUAUAAUACCAUUGCAUUUAACCAAAUUGGCUUACCCGCAUAACCGAUCACAUUGUCACCCCCACCACCCCAAUUUAAGUCUUGUGAUAUUGUUCUUAAGCUGUCUGGGUCCAUGUAAUUCCAUUUAGAGUAAUACACUUGGGAAAGUACAUUUUACUCUCCAACUGUAACAGAUUUGCUUUCAUGCUCUCACCUGUAUGACUACUUGCAGUAUGUUGGUGAAGCCCAUUCACUUAUAUGCAUAGCAUAGAUUCAUAUUAUUGUCCAUCACCAAACCCACCUAUUAUAAUUACAUUUACAUUUACAUUUAAGUCAUUUAGCAGACGCUCUUAUCCAGAGCGACUUACAAAUUGGUGCAUUCACCUUAUGACAUCCAGUGGGACAGUCACUUAACAAUAGUGCAUCUAAAACUUAGGGGGGGUGGGGUGAGAGGGAUUACUUAUCCUAUUACACAACCUGCUCCUCCCUCUUGAUGUUAUGAUAUGGAAUCGUUGGGAACCAAUGUUUCUUGUUGUUACUGACUCUUAACUAAUGGAUCUACAGGCGGCACUACAGGGAUGAGGACCUUUGACCUUUGUGUUACUUUGGUUGGGAGGAAACAACUACUAUGCUAGUCAUGGAUAUGUGAGGAAAGGGAGAACUCCAAUGCUAGGAGAGGGGUCGAUUUUUGGUUGGCAUCGGUGGAGGAGAUUUGGGGGAGAAAUACUGUAUGUAAAUAGCCUUGUACCUGUAUUGGCAUAUCUGUCGUCAAAUGAGUGUAUGAUAAAGUUAUCCUCCGAUCAGGAGGUUGGUUGUAUCAAUAUUUACUCACUCUUGCUCAGACAUAAAUGAUAAGGAGAGACAUGCUAACAAGUCUUCACUUCAUCUGGUGUGUUUUGGACAUGUGAGGGUGGGCACUGUCUCUCUUUCUGUAAAUUCCCAGGCGUGUCUACUGAAAAUGUGUACGUCAACAUUACAUUUUAGAUUCUAGACACAUGACUCCUCUGCCUGCAGGGGGAGGAGCUACAACACAACACACCGCUAGUUGAAUUCAAUUUGAUUAGGUGGGUGGGGAGCUCAAUCCACUAUACCACUACAGCCUAAGUCUGCUGUAUCUUGCUAAUGAAUUUACCUAAACUAUGAGUCAUGGAAGCCCUAGUCUCUUGUGACAGUGCAGAGAUUUAGUUCUGGGUGCCGAGAUUAUGAAAGCCCUCGUGACAAUCAGGUAGCAUCUUUUGGUCAGGGCUGGCUAGCAACAAUCAGAAUUCAUUGUUUUGUCAUCUCAUUAAAAAAAAAAAAAUUUCACUGCCUUUUAUCAUUGUCAUGUCAUUCAAUAAAGAGGUUUAUGCAAAA